UAGCAGAGAAAUGGUGCUGUGUGAAACAAACCUCCCUGCCCUUUAGUUCUUGAGCAGAUGAUAGAGAGCGGCAGAAAGGAACCCCUCACGCCCCUGGCUCAGCGUGCUCAGAGCUGUGCUGAGCGCUGCACACCACUGCAGCCUGGAAGCCUGAGCAGCCUUUUUUUUUUUUUUUUUUUUAUUAUUCCCUCUAAAAAGUUUUCAGGAAGUCUGGGGGAGGGGCAAUGCCGUUUCUUUUUUUGUUAUAAUGGGCCCCUUUGUGGAGAUGGAAGAGAUCUGUGUGCCUGUGGUGCGCACGCUUCCCAGUGAUUCCCAGGGUAACUUCCCAGGGCUCCUAAAAAGCGCAGGGCCCCUGCGGUGCGGGGAGAAGGGGAGGGGGCUGCUCCAGGAUGGAGCUGAUGGUACUGCUCAAUGCUCUGGUUACUCGCUUGCUCUUUAUGUUACACUCUGUCAUCGGGGUCUGGAGAGUGACUGCAGUGAAGAAAGAACCCAAGUACUGGCUGCUGGCACUGCUCAAUCUUCUUCUGUGCCUGGAGACAGGGCUUACCCUCAAGUUUAAGCAAGGCAGAGGCUACAAAUGGUUUUCACCAGCAAUAUUUUUAUACCUGAUUUGCACAGUACCAUCACUGUGGCUACUAGAAAUUCAUCAUGGGACUCAGUACUGUGGUAAUGAGCCUGGAGCAGUUCAGGUGAAUAUCAGCAACCAAGACUUCAAUCAAUCCAGAGACAGCAGUCACGGAAGUGAGGGAACAGAUCACCACAUCAUUCAAACGGCUAAAGUCUUUGUGAAUCAGCUCUCCACAAUCUGUGAGACUGUAUGGACACUGGCCCUACACCAGACUUUUCUACUGCUGCUAGUAGUUGGGAGAUGGCUUCUCCCUAUUGGAGUUGAAAUCACCCGGGAUCAAUUGUCUCAGCUGCUUCUCAUGUUUGUGGGAACAGCAGCAGAUAUACUUGAAUUUGCUAGUGAAACUUUGGACAUCGAAGACGUUCGGAAGAAUUAUGCUCUCAUAAAUGCAAUUCUUGCUGUAUGGACGUGGAGUAUGUUACAGUUUCCACUUGAUCUUGCAGUACAGCAUAUUGGCUGCAAACCAACUACAUCUACUAGGCGGAUCCCCAGCCUGCUGCUGUGCAGGUACAGUGCAGAACUGUGGAACAUUGGGGUCAGCCUUUUCAUACAGGAUGGUCCCUUCUUCAUUGUACGUUCAAUCCUGAUGGGCCACUUCAGAAUAUUCAAUCAGAUGCUGGUGUUUUUUACAGCUAAGAAUAUCUUAGUUGUGACUCUACAAUUGUAUCGUUUGGCAGUGAUAACAUUAGACUUCCGCGCUACCAUUCUGCAGAAGAGCAGAAAAGGAGAAGUCAGCUGUUGCCCAUGCGAGCCUUAUAAAACUAGUACUCAUGCUACCACUGACCAAGAUACUGAAAUGAAAGAGUUUGUUGCUGUUCCUCCAAAAGAGGAAACCCAAGCUCCAUCAGAAGAUAAGUAGCACAGUUAUUGACUUGAAAGAGGUUGCAUUUCCCACAGCUUCUUCAGAAGGGCUUAGCCUAUUUCUGUGAACAAAUACGCCUUCAGUGCAUAAGUAAUCUCUUCCACUAAGAGAUUAAUAAUUUCUUCUAAAUUGUAGGGGAAAAUUCUGAAGCAAACUCAUAGAAAUGGGCCUUUUUUUUCCCCUUUUUUUUUAAAAUCCAUUUGCAUAGUGAGUUUUGACUAGUUCCCUAUUAUAUUAUCCAGAGGUAUUUUGUAGCCAUAGUUUGUAGUAGCAAGAAAGGUCUGGCACACUAACAAAAUCUGUUAUUUUUGGUGGCACUGUGCUAACAUAUGUACUUGCAUGUAUUUGUAUAGAGGGACAAGUCUAUCCAUUAUGGGAAGCACAGAAUCACUUAGCUCUGCUUGAAUGGUCUGGGUAUAACUAGAGUGUGAUGAACAAUAUGUUCACCGUGUAUGGGAGCAACUUCAGCAGCGACAACUGUGCAGAUAUGCAAGUGAAGGGAGAUAACAGAUUUCUACUGUUACUGUGACAUCUAAACAUUGCUCAUUCAAGAAAUUUAAGCAAAUCUUCAUCAAAUGUUACCUCAUCCUUGGCUGGAUUCAAUUAAGAACAAUGCAGCACCAUUACAGUGCAUACACAGGACUCUUAGGACUUACAUGGACUGAGUAACCCAAAACUUACAACUACAGAACACAAAAAAAAAGCAGACCUGCAGAUCAUUAGAAGACUACAGCAUUUGUCUCAGGCAUUUUCUAAAGAGGUACUUGCUUUCUGUUCCCACCAGUUAGAACAACCACCCCCCCAAAAAAAAAAAAAUAAAAAACCACCCAAAAUAUUUGUCAAGACUUCCUCCCCAGUUCACUGUGCCUGCAGUUGAAACAAGUUUUUAAAAUGUCUCAAUUUCACAUGAUUUUUAAACGUGCCUGACUCGAGCAUGCAAUUUAACUAGAAAGAAAAUGGCAGUGCUUAAGUUUGAAAAGACAAGCUAGACAAAAGGAUUCAGGCUUGUGCUUCACAUUCCUUGAAGCACCACAAGGUCCCAUGAUAAAACUUGAGAAACUGUCUGGUCUGUUGAAUGUCAAGAUCCAUUUUUAAGAAAUGGCUGAUAAUCACUGAUUUACUACUUUCACAUCUGCAGUGAACAACAUAGGGACAAAUUGAUUUCUCCCAAGAACACACUUUAGAGCAGUGUAAGACCAUUAACUUUGUUGAGCUUAUCUUAUAGAAGCUAAAAGAUAAGUGAUUUUUGAAAGUUAGCCUAAAAAUACAGAUUUCUGCAUCCAUUCUAAGAGCCAUAAAAAUAUGACAAACAUGAAGUGACCUAAUUGAGAUAACUUCCCUUAUUAAAAAAAUCACAAUUAAACCUUAGUUUCUAAAGCCUUGGCUAUCUCAAAAGAGAAUCUACUUUCAGGAAUUACUAAAAGUGUUUCUGCCACCACUGCAGGAGUCAUAUGCUUAUUUAUCCAUAGCCUGAUAAGCAAUCAUCUGUUUAUGCUUUAAAAGAUUAACAUAUUUAAAAAUUCUAUCCCCCAAACACAUGAACUGUGUUCAUACUUGUGAGCUGUUACUGUUCUAUGCAGGAUCUGGCACUUCCAUUACAGAAGAAAAUGCACAGACUAAACGAAGGAAGUCUUAUAUACAUCAUAGCCCAUUUAUAAUUUAGUUAUAAUGUGCAACACCUCCUGCUUUCCUUAUUUUGGGCCUUUUUCCAGUAGAAAUUUACUAGAUGGAUUUAAGGUCCUUUCCAACCUUCACCAUUCUAUGAUUCUGUGAUCAUUUGCCAUGGCAUUGUGAGGUAAACAUACGGAGAGUUGAAUGCGACUAUAUUUGGGAUUUUAAUUGAAGUAUCGAGGUAAAAAAGCUACAGUGUUGCUGCUGCUGACCUGUGCUGUCUAAAACCUUUCACACUAGGGUGAAUUUAGAGUCACUUGAUAGAACUGCAACACAUUUUUUCCUUGUUCAUGCAAGGCAGAACUACUCGCAUUCGUUUUGAGUUUACCACUUGCUGAUAUAGUAAUUAUCCUGUUUAAAGGAUCCUUUCUAAUUAAUUUGGAGUGUACUGAGCUUGCUAGAACAUCAUUUUAAAUUCAUCAGCACAAAAAUUGCAGGAUGUACUUCUUUAAACAACUGCCAACCAGGUUCAGCCUGCAGCAAAUGCAGGAUCCCCUGGGGUCAGCAAUACAGACGCUACAGCAGGAAUAUUUUACAGAGAACUAUAUUUCCUGGUCUUCAGGCUGUUCCGUUUUAAACAGCAGUAAAGCUUCUAAUCAGAUUUAGUGUGAGAAGAAAGUUCAGUGCUAGGUUGUUACUGCUAGAUCCCAUUCCUAUUCGCUCACAGACAAAAUAAGCAGUGAUUUGUAUUUGGACUAGAUUUGGACUUUCCUUUUCCUCCCCACUAUCAGGGGUGAUAAACAGAUCGUUUAAAAAC